UUAUCAUAUAAAUUCUAUAUUCGCGUUUGCUUCCACUCAUAGACGUAAACAAUGUCUUCGCGUUACAAUUUGAGGUCUCUCGAAGACGUUUCUCGAAUAAUAACGCAAAGACGAGACGCUGAAUAUGAUGACAUCGAUAGCGAUAAUGAAGAAAAUUAUACGAAUGAGGAAAGUAAUACCGAGUCGGAGUACGAUGCCAGCGAGAUAGAGGAAAUCGAGGACGAUGACCCUGUUGAGUCUGUAGAAGAUCCAGAUGUUCCUCCUCCAUCAAAACGCUUGAGAUCGGGCUCUGGUUUAUCGGCGGAACAGAGCUCAAGUGCGAGCAGUAAACGUGGCCGGAGGAGGAGUAUCGUCUCCGGUAAGAACGGGCAUAAAUGGUUUACCACUCCUCGCGAGCGGGUAACAAACAGAGCACCCUUCGGUUCAUUUAUCCCUGGCCCUGUUGGGAUUGCAAAAGAGGCAAAGACGGCGUAUGAGACGUGGAAUUUGUUUUUCGAUGACGUCAUUCUUUCAAAAAUCUUGCAGCAUACCAACGAGGAAAUUCAUCGUUACACAGAAGAACGGGAAAUCGACUGCACGAAGGAUAUUCUGUACAAGCCCGUUGACAUGAUUGAACUGAAAGCUUUUAUCGGCUUGAUGUACUUUUCUGGUCUCCAAAAAACGAAUAUGACCUCUUCUGAUGAUUUGUGGGAUACGAAGUACGGCUCCAUUUUUUACAAAGCCACAAUGUCACAGAAAAGAUUUUGCACUAUCCUUCGGUUUCUCCGAUACGACGAUAAAGCUACCCGGCCGACUCGUGUCGUAAAUGAUAAAUUCGCAGCCAUACGAGGAAUUUGGGAAAUCUUCAUCGAAAAGUGCAAAACUCUCUACAAUCCGGCGUCAUAUUGCACUAUAGACGAACAACUGUUAUCCUUUCGUGGGCGCUGCCCUUUCAAGGUCUACAACGGAAGCAAACCCGAUAAAUAUGGGAUGAAAAUUGUCAUGCUGAACGACUCAAGGACAUUCUAUAUGGUGAAUGCAAUCCCAUAUGUUGGCAAAGUGAAUACCGAAAAUGAAGAAAAGGUUCCAUCUUAUUACAUCCGGAAGCUGAGCGAAACAUUACUCGGAACAAACAGAAACAUCACGUGCGACAAUUGGUUUUCGUCGAUCGAAAUUUUCGACAAGAUGCUGGAGCACAACAUUACAAUGGUUGGGACGCUCAGAAAGAAUAAAAAAGAGAUACCCCCGGAUUUCAAAAAGUCAGGUCAACCAGGAUCCUCAAGAUUUGCUUUCGACGGAACCAAAUCGGUAGGACGUCGUAACGAAAAUACCAAACGUGAUUUACGUAACCUACGUAAAGACGACGAUGAUGAUUACCAACCUCUAAAGAGUGAUAAACUAAAACGUCAACCAAAAGCACCCUCAAAAUCAAACCGCGACAAAGAACGCAGCGGAAAAUUCCGCGAUAGAAAGGGCGCAGCUUUUACGGACACAGUAAUUAUGAAGCAAGUUGAUGAUGUACUAUUCCAAGGAUUUGAAGAUCUUAGGGAAGUGGUGGAGCAAAUGUCUACAAUAGUUUCACAGAAUCCAUCCGCAUUGCCAGUCACCACCCGAGGUAUCGGAUUUGAUACCUCUAUGAUCUACAAACACAUUCAUUCAACAAUGAAGAAUCUUCCGAAUUGUAGUGUGCAAACUGUCUAUCGUGUUGCACUUGCACAAUUCGAGCAACGCAUGGUUAAAGUCACUCACCAACAAUGUGACCAAAUCUACAUGCGCAUUGAGAAUGUAAUAUAUAUCGCCCACGCCUCAACUUUGAACAGCAACAAGCGAUUGAAGGUUGUUCUAACAACUUCAACCUGA